AUGGCUGGACCGCGGAUCAACCCGUCUCAGCACUCUUCGAUCAGCACGGCCAUGGCGAAGAAGAAGCUAAAGAACCGAUUUCGGGUAUCCGAACCUCGAAUCAAGAAAGAGAAGGCCAAUAGCAGAGAGAGGGAAGACGCACGGAGAGCGAGAGAGAAGGGCGCAGCAAGGCCGAAAGAUCUGAGAGAUAAGAGUGCACCCAAGAGCAAUGCAGUCGCCAUCGAUGCCCAGCACACGUGGAAGUCACUCAUCUUGAGUGAUGCCGGCUUGCUGCACGCAACUCUGGCAAGCUGGGCACUAUACGGCAUGCUGGCCAAUGAACUCGCUGACUUGAGAGUGUGCAAACUCAAGCACAAGAAUGAAGCGAUCAAGGCCGUCAACUACAAACUUGCGAUGUCUGGAGGAUACUUAUCUGAUGAGGUGGUCGGCACUGUAUUGACUUUGGCAAAUCUCGAGAAUCUUCUUGGAGACUACGAAGCGGCUCGACUUCACAUGACAGCAUUGGAACGUAUGGUGAAAGUGCGAGGUGGGCUGUUUGCCUUUGGACACAACGAUGGCUUGCUGCGUGGCAUCAUAUGGAUGGACUUUCACUCUGCAGCAGUCUCUCGCGCGCAUCCAUCUUUCCCGCAAAUCAGUCUGGACCCGGAUACGCCUCCUUUGCCGGACGAGCUCAAAGAAGAAGCGGCCCAAACUACCUGA